CAUCAUAGCCAACUUCGCGCGGCGCCGUCACCACAAACCGUCCAUUUGCCAGCGGACGUUCAAAGGAGAAACAACGAGCCACGCACUCGCCUCGCUAAAAAUAAAACAAAAUUCAAGAGUCGUGCCUCCUCCAUUGACCAAAAGUAUUAAAUAAUAAUGACACAUCUGACCAAAAAUUUUGCACGCCCCGAAAAGGCAGAGGAGGUGGCCACCUUCGGCAGUCUGGAUCCCUCGGUUCAAGAACUCUUGAGAGCUGCUUUCGAAGUGCGUCAGCGGGCCUAUGUGCCGUACAGUGGAUUCAAAGUGGGGGCUGCUUUUCGGGCCAAGGUCGGUGGCCAGAUCUUCACCGGAUGCAAUGUGGAGAACGCUGCCUUCACGCCGUGCUCGUGUGCGGAGCGAACUGCUCUGGCGAAGGCCGUAAGCGAGGGAGCCACCGAGUUCUCCGUUGGAGCUGUUUUGGCCUACGAACCCGACGUCUUCACCACUCCCUGUGGCGUUUGCCGGCAGUUUAUCCGGGAGUUUGCCACCGAAGAUAUACCCAUCUACGUGGCCCAGGCAAUCGAUGCGAGGAUUGCGGCAAAGGAGGAAUUUCUACAGGACGACGACCCCGUCCUAUGCACCUCGAUCUUCAAUCUGUUGCCGAGCAGUUUCAAGACCUAUCGAAAGUAAAAUAAAAGCCACCGCGGAGGAAGAGGAUCGGAGAGAGAGUAGGCAGCUAGUUCAAGGUUGGACCACAACCCCUCACACUGCCCCUUGUCAAUAGUAAUCUAUAUAAUUUUAAUCUAAUCACUUGAAAUAAAGAAAAUUACACUACCUAACAA